AUGAAAAUAACUCAGGAGCACUAUUCAUGGCUGAUAUCAGCAUAAAAUGCGCUUAAUGGAAAAAUCUGCACUUUUACUUUUGUGAGUCACUGUACGCGACCUCAACAUUCUUGUGAUUAUUAAGUUUACAGCGAUAACAGUUACAUCCAUAUUGUACAAUGAUGUCGCAUUCAGUGAUUAG